AGGACCGCAGUUCCCCAACGACGAUGGCAGUGAGCCUUCCCACCCUAGCAGCAUAGCCGACACCGGAGUUGGCUGCAGAAAGGGAGGCGAUUGUUCUGCCCUUCUAUCUCUGUGUGUCUUGUUCUCUUUCCUCCUUCACCAUCUUUUCUAUCUUUCCUUGACUAUUUCCCUUACCCCAUUCUCUUCCUCUCUAUCACAGCCAGAAACAGAGAGCCUCCUUGGGUGGCUCUGGCUUCAGCCCGAUGGGAGAGAGGCAGCGCAAGCAAGUCUAUCAAAACCCCAAACUUCACAACUGACUUACUCGAUCCUGAGCCAGGUUUAAAAUACACCCAGCUCCCCUGACUUCUAAACACUAUUCCAAGCCAACCACAACACAACUCAGAGAACUACUCACGACUAGAAGAGCUGGGGCUGCUUCAGUGCUGUGGGUCUGUCUGUCCCUCUCCUCCUCCCACUACACUGUGUAGGGAGACAGAACUAGGGCCUUUGGGAAUCUGCCAGCUCCCUGGGGAUUAGCUCUAGGGCUGUGCGGGAAGUGCUUCAGAUGCCCUCACUGGUCCCUGGCCCCUCCUGGUCCCACCCCUGAACCCUCCACCCCUGCACUUUGCUUGCAAGUCUGUCUGUCCGACUGCCUGUCCCGUGGUGAGUUCUUCCUGCCACCUCUGGAUCCUCCCUCAAUCAGUCUCUUGGUCAAAGCCUGCGUUGCCUCUCUCUCAGAUCAGUUCAGAGCCCCAGGUAUGAGGGUGUCCCCUGGACCAGGGUGCGGCCAUCAGAAGGAGUGCAAGAGCAGAAAGCCCUCUGCUUGCCGACACUUCUCCCGCUCGGAGCUGGGAACUGCGGGAGGAAGAGAUGAGUGGGGGUGGGGUGAGCCUGCUGAAGCGGGGCCCCGCUGGGCCGGGCUGGGCUGGGCUGGGCUGACCCCUCCCCAGUCGGGGGCGGGACCCCAGGAGGAGCGAAGGAGCAGAGCCGCUGGGGAGCAUCAGACGGCGGAGAGGCGCUAUGGCGGGAACGAAUCUCGGGGCCCGCUUCUACCGGCAGAUCAAGAGACAUCCCGCGCUCAUCCCGAUGAUCGGCUUCAUUGGCCUGGGAAUGGGCAGCGCGGCGCUGUACUUGCUGAGACUCGCCCUGCGCAGCCCCGACGUCUGCUGGGACAGAAAGAACAACCCAGAGCCCUGGAACCGCCUGAGCCCCAACGACCAAUACAAGUUUCUUGCAGUUUCCACUGACUAUAAGAAGCUGAAGAAGGACCGGCCAGACUUCUGAGCUGGCUGGGGUGCCAGCGAGUGGUGAGCAGUAAACCACCAUCAGCCAGCCAGCCAGCCGACUCAUUUCUUCCACUCUCUGCCCCUGCCCCCAGGGCGCCACUCCAGCCACCCUGCCCAGCUGCUGCUUCCACAGGCUUGGUUCCCACAGGAGGGGACACAGCUCCCCACCCCCUUCCCUUGCUCCCGCAGCGGAAGCGCCUCUGACCCUCAGCUUGAGUCCCACGCAGGGGGGGUGGGGGGAGUUAGGAGAGCAGGCAGUGUGUUGACCCAAAAGGCUCAAGCCAGCCCCUCUGCCCCCCUACCCGGGCCUUGGCAGGGUGUGGCUCAGGCUACGUGUUGAGCGUGGCCAACGUGAGCCAAGAGCAAGCGGAGGCCUCUCAGUGCCAAGUGACGUGGCGGGCCCCGCGUUAGGCCAGGCUCGGCCAGGCUCGGGCGCCUCGCGGGGGCGGUGCUGCUCUAGCUCGACUGGGCUUGUCGCCCGGCUGCCCCGCCUGCCCUGGAUGAGGCACCUUCGCCCCAGGGAAGCGCAGCGAGCGCCUCCCCGUGCCCAAGCCCACUGUUUCCCGGGCCAACAGGCAUCCCCUCCCGCGGCCUUGCACCUGGGCCUCCCCCUGCCAUUCUGCCCCUCCCUUGCUCCCCUCAGUCCCCUGGGAUCAAACAGAAGCAGCCGUGGGCAAAAUACAAUUUCAUUUAACAAAUUGAA